AUCCUUUGCCCUCGUGCUUCUGCGCGGAGACCCUCGCGCAGUGAAUAUUGUCCCCUGCGGCUCUCCGUCGCUCCGCGGGCGGUCCAGCGUGCGCGGGUCCCGGCGUCCCGGGAAACAGCGGCGAUGGCGUUCCGGUGUCAGCGAGACAGCUACGCCCGCGAGUUCACCACCACAGUGGUCUCCUGCCGUCCCGCGGAGUUGGAGACCGAAGGAAGCAACGGCAAGAAGGAAGUGCUGAGUGGCUUCCAAGUGGUGCUGGAAGACACGCUGCUUUUCCCCGAGGGCGGGGGACAGCCUGAUGACCAUGGUACAAUCAAUGGCAUCUCUGUGCUGCGAGUAACCCGCCGAGGGGCCCAGGCUGAUCAUUUCACACAGACACCCCUGGCCCCUGGUACCGAAGUCCAGGUCCGGGUGGACUGGGAGCGGCGGUUUGACCAUAUGCAGCAGCAUUCAGGGCAGCAUCUCAUCACAGCAGUUGCGGACCAUCUGUUUGGGUUGAAGACUACAUCAUGGGAGUUAGGGCGACUCCGGAGUGUGAUUGAAUUGGACAGCCCCUCUGUGACCAUAGAGCAAGUGGCCGCCAUUGAGCAGAGCGUCAAUGAAAAAAUCAGGGACCGGCUGCCUGUGAAUGUGCGGGAGCUGAGCCUGGAUGACCCUGAGGUGGAGCAGGUGAGGGGCCGAGGUUUGCCAGAUGAUCAUGCGGGGCCCAUUCGAGUUGUCACCAUUGAGAAUGUUGAUGCCAACAUGUGCUGUGGGACCCAUGUGAGCAAUCUCAGUGACCUUCAGGUUAUUAAAAUUCUGGGCAUUGAAAAGGGGAAAAAGAACAAAACCAACCUGGCAUUUCUGGCUGGGAACCGGGUGCUGAAGUGGAUGGAGAGAAGCCAUGGAACUGAAAAAGCACUCACUGCACUACUUAAAUGUGGAGUGGAGGAUCACGUAGAAGCAGUGAAGAAGCUACAGAACUCUACCAAGCUCUUGCAGAAGAACAACCUGAAUCUACUCAGAGACCUGGCCGUGCACGUCGCCCACAGCCUUCGGAACAGCCCGGACUGGGGAGGUGUGGUCACGUUACAUAGGAAGGAGGGUGAUUCUGAGUUCAUGAAUAUCAUCGCCAAUGAGAUUGGGUCAGAGGAGACCCUCCUGUUCUUAACUGUGGGCGAUGAGAAAGGUGCUGGGCUCUUCCUACUGGCAGGGCCAGCUGAGGCCGUGGAGACCCUGGGCCCCAGGGUGGCUGAGGUCCUGGAGGGCAAAGGAGCUGGGAAGAAAGGCCGCUUCCAGGGCAAGGCCACCAAGAUGAGCGGGCGGGCAGAGGCGCAGGCACUCCUGCAGGACUACAUCAGCACUCAGAGCGCUGAGGAGUGAGGACUCUGAGGACUCUGCCACCCCCCGGGGGCUCCUGCCAUUGAGAAUGGGCCUCUCAGGACCACAGAGAGAGUCUCUUGGACAGUAAAAUAGUUUGACUUGAAAUGGUCGCGGUACCACACGGAUAUGACUGAUUUGUACAGUAUUCUCUGGUGUGUUUAUGCGAGGAGUAUUUGUGAAUAAACAGCUUUCUAAUCUGGCCCCUGUUAGGCAUCACCCUCGCCAGGGAGCAUUAUGUUGAUAAAGUGUACUAAUUUCUCUAAAGCAGCUGCAACUGUACUUCCUGUGGAAAUUCAACUGCCUGAGGGAAGGGCAAGUCAGCCUGGAGGCUCUGCGUAGGGCUUUAAUUCAUUCAUAUUGCUUUGUUUUCUUUUUGUCCUGAUUUUCCUCCUCCUCCUGUGUUUUAUAACUAAAAAGUAUCGGUGACUUUGCACAUAGGUCAAGAGGCCACACAAAUGCAGAAGGAGGAGGAUACUCCCUGUCUGUUGCGGAGGCAGAGGAGGGAUGGAGGAAGGGACCGUGGGAGACUAACCCAGGGAGAGCUAGUGUCGCAUUAUUCAUGUCAGACCAUGAGCCUUUCAGAAUCCUUGGUAGAGAUGAAGUGUAGUGAUGAAAGGAAGACAGACCAGUUCUAAAUUUGCAUGCAUCUAAUAACGGCCUCAAAAUACAUAAAGCAGAAACUGACAGCUAAAAGAAGAAACAGACAAAUUCAUGCUCGAUGGAAGAUUUAAAUGGAUCUUUCAGUAACUGAUGGCACAACAGGAAGCAUUACCUCAUUAAGAACGUGAACAUCAGAGAUUCAUAGACCUGAGUGGAUCCAGCAUUGUACACCCAUGGGUGGUAAAACUAGGAAUAAAAAAAAGGAAGUGAUUCAUUUUUAAAAGAUAGUGUUUACCUCUGGGGGAAAGAAGUGAAAAGGAUGGAGAAGGGACCCGAGAUGGGGAUGCGAGGGUGGUUUCUGGGGUGCCGGCAGUGUUCUUGGACUGGGUGGAAGUUACAUAGUUGUUUAUUUAAUAGUUAUUCAUUAUAGUCUGUUUUAUUCCAUGAUGUUGUAUUUCACCGUAUAAGAAUACAACUAAAAAAAAUUCUGGGUUCUGUCA